GCUCGCGCUUUCCAGGGGGCAGUGUUCUAAGAGCCAGUCAAGGGCCGGGUUUGGGUUUAACUCUUUAGCGGAGAGCUCGCAGUGCGUGGGAAAGUUGUCGGUGGUGAAUGUGCCACGUCUGCUAGGAAGGGGGAGUCAUGAACUUGCCAGAGGCUGUUGUCUUUAAGUCUUCAACUACAUCCUUAACUCUAUGAGGUCGGGGGGCCCUUUUUGUGUUUUUGUAGCAACUUGUUUCCCGCCCUGGUAACAUGAGGCUUUUCUUGUGGAACGCGGUCCUGACGCUUUUAGUCACUUCUUUGAGUGGGGCUCUGAUCCCUGAACCAGAAGUGAAGAUUGAAGUGCUCCAGAAGCCGUUUAUCUGCCAUCGCAAGACCAAAGGAGGGGAUUUGAUGUUGGUCCACUAUGAAGGCUACUUAGAAAAGGACGGCUCCUUAUUUCACUCCACUCACAAACAUAACAAUGGUCAGCCUAUUUGGUUUACCCUGGGCAUCCUGGAGGCUCUCAAAGGUUGGGACCAGGGCUUGAAGGGAAUGUGUGUAGGAGAGAAGAGAAAGCUCAUCAUUCCUCCUGCCUUGGGCUAUGGCAAAGAAGGAAAAGGUAAAAUUCCUCCAGAGAGUACACUGAUAUUCAACAUCGAUCUCCUAGAGAUUCGAAAUGGACCAAGGUCCCAUGAAUCAUUCCAAGAAAUGGAUCUUAAUGAUGACUGGAAACUCUCUAAAGAUGAGGUUAAAGUGUAUUUAAAGAAGGAGUUUGAAAAGCAUGGUGCAGUGGUGAAUGAAAGUCAUCAUGAUGUUUUGGUGGAGGAUAUUUUUGAUAAAGAAGAUGAAGACAAAGAUGGAUUUAUAUCUGCCAGAGAAUUUACAUAUAAACAUGAUGAAUUAUAGACACACGGCUGCCCAUUUUAUAUAGCAUCCAUCCUUAAAAGAGAGGGUAACCAUCUUGAAAGAAAGUCUUAUUUGUUAACUAUGUUCUGUUCAUGCUUUGGUUUUUAUUUUUAUAUAUUUUUCUGAAUAUUAUUAGAAGAACCCCUUAGGGCUUCUAAGCACCCAUUUCUUUCUGGUAGGUUAUUAGGAAGAAAAAAUUGAUUUGUCUUUGAAUAGAAGACUUCUGGACCAUUUUCCACUUUUACAUAUGAAGCCUUAUGUUUUACCUGCUUACCUGUAAUUUUAAAAUAUUGCCACUGGGUGCACGCCCAACAUAAGAUGAGGUUAUAGCACAAAUCAGCACCCUCUGUUUCUUCUUCCCUCUGUUUUCUCCAAGUUAGAUGCUGAUAUUUGAAAAGCCUUUUGCAAUAGCCCAAGGCUUAUUAUUUUCAUGUUGUAAUGAAACAAGUGUGUCUGUAAGUGCCUUUGAGUCUCUGCUUGAGGAAAAGGGGAAAAUGGUUGUUGAGCUCUAUGUUUAAGAGUUACUGCUUUACUGAGGAGAUGUGCAAAGCUGCAAUGAGUAAAGUUCAUAAUUUAUAAAUAUGUUUACAUUGAAAUAUUCUGCCUGGGAUUUAAGCUACAUAAGGUUAAGUUCCUAGUGAUGAAUGACCUAUUGUGAUUAAUAGAACAAAUUAUUUAUGUGUUUAUUUCUUCCUAAUAAAAUGUGUCAAAGUAUUGUAGAGGAGGUAAAGAGUUGUAUUGAGUCAAUGUUUACUUUUUAAGGCUGGAAGAUCACCCUUCCUGGUUCUUUAAUUAACAAAGACUAUAACUAAUGUAUUAUACUAUAGUAACAUUGUCUUAUAAGAGAGAUGAGUAAUACAAUAAAAAUUUUCCUAUUUCUGACUCAUCAAAAAAAUGAGGCAGACCCACAGCAGCUACUACUGAAUACAGGUCUAUCCUGGAUCAAAAAGUUGAUGAUUUUAUAAUUUUAUCUUAAAUUGGAAUUUUUCCUUAAUACUUUAAAAAAGUGCCCAAAUCUCCAUUUGCUAAGAAGAAUCCUUUAUAAGUUUACAAAGUGAUCUCAAGUGCAUCAUUGUCUGAUUCUCAUUAGUCUGAAGCCUAUGGAAAAAAGAGGAUAGAUCUUAAUGUACCUAUUUUAUAGAUGAGGGAAUUGUCAUUAAGAGAGACUGACUGUUGUGCCCAAGGUCAACAACUAACUUAUAGAACCAGAUUUCUGUCCCCAAGUUAAGUAUGUUUCUACUGCCCUCUACUUUUGAAAAAGUAAAAAUUUUCUUUGAAUUCAUUGGACCUAAUUCCCUCUUCAGUUUGCUCUCCUAGCAGUCAACUCUGUUUUUUGUCUCUGGGUCCUUAUCCUUUGAAGAUAGUUAACUGGCUGUUUAUGGUGCUUUUGAAUUCCCAUGAUCCAGAAAUGGCUCUGGUUUCAUUGAAUAAUCUUGGGGUGAACACUGAAUUGCCUCAAAAAACCUAGGGGUGAGAGGGUCCAGGUGUGUGUCUUAGUCCUUUCAUUCCUGUUUACCUCUAGGUUUUUGUUGUUUUUUUUAAUACUUAUGAACAAUUACUACAUCGUAUAUAGACUACUUUCACCAACUAUAUAUUGACAUUUUCGUCACUAAAACAUAAAGUUCUUGAGAAGAACAUAAAUAACACCUUUGUCUGAUGAAAUCACCUAUAUUUAGAAAAGUCUUAAGUUGUCACUGCUGUUUUCCUCAACCUGGAGGUGUUAUAAGCCACAAUACAGAAAGCUUUGGUCUGUAUUAUUGGGAGAAAGAAAGUAGCUUGUCCUGGGGUGCUAUUUUGUAUAAACAUUACUGAUGAUGCUGUCUGUGGUAGAGCAAGUAAAGUAAAAAGAAUUUUGGUUAUUCAGAUAGCAUGUUUCUUUAUCUUGUGUGAAUUUGGAUCAAUUCCCCCCUAAAUAGUUAGACACAAGUAUGAAAUGACAAUAUAUAAAUAGGUUAUGGUUGUUUUUAUGUUACCUGCCUUUUUAGUUUAGCUGCAUCUCUGCACCUUUUCAUUCGUAAGAAUAAUCAGACAUGAACUGUGACUUCACUUGUAUAUAAUUUGACUCAGUAAUACUGCUAAGAUGUGUCAUAUUUAAAUUUAUACAACUCUGUUGUGGUAUUCUUUUCAAAAUAAAGUUUAUU